CCACGCCCCCGGAAGCGGCGCGCCGGUUCGGACGGCGCGCGCGGAACGGAGCCGGUGGCCGGUCAGAACCCAAGGGGACUAUGGGUGUCUCCAGGCUCUACACCCUGGUCCUGGUGCUGGAGCCUCAGCGAGUUCUCCUGGGCAUGAAGAAAAGAGGCUUCGGGGUCGGCCGGUGGAAUGGCUUCGGCGGCAAAGUUCAAGAAGGAGAGACCAUCGAGGACGGAGCCAAAAGGGAGCUGCAGGAGGAGAGCGGUCUGACCGUGGACGCGCUGCACAAGGUGGGCCAGAUCGUGUUUGAGUUUGCGGGUGACCCUGAGCUCAUGGACGUGCACAUCUUCCGCACAGACAGCGUCCGGGGGACACCCGUGGAGAGUGACGAAAUGCGCCCUCAGUGGUUCCAGCUGGACCAGAUUCCCUUCGAGGACAUGUGGCCUGAUGACAGAUACUGGUUUCCCCUCUUGCUUCAGAAGAAGAAAUUCCAUGGGUACUUCAAGUUCCGGGGUCACACCACCAUCCUGGAGCACACGCUGUGUGAGGUGGACACAGUGUAGGGGCAGAACCGCGGCUGCCCCUCCGGGCCCAGAGAACAGCUGCUCGGCAGCCGCACUGUCUGAGCCCCGGGCCCCGGCCCCGAGCCAGGGUGGAGGUAUUCUAUUUGGAACACGGCUGGCUGGGAAGGGAAAUAAAUGUCUUUUACCUUUUCAA